AAACACUAGAUUUUAUAAACCGGAAGUACUUCAGCGGCAACCCCAGAAGCUCAACAAAAAGAAAAAGCUAGUAAAUGAAUCCAUCGUUUCGUUAUUGAUACUUGUUUUUUUCACGCCCGGUCGCAUGAUUAAUGUUGUGCACUUGAAGACAUAUCCUAGUAACUCACUUCACUAACUGAGAGGGACAACGGCCGCCCUCCGAUCUUAUUGUUAGCGCAUGCUAAUGCUACUGCUAAGGCGGUGAACGUCGGACAAGAAAAAGUCUUCAUAGUUAGAAUUCUCCAGCAUGGCCAUGAAGUCUGGGGAAGAUCGUCUGAAGGAGAUGGAGGCCGAGAUGGCUCUGUUUGAGCAGGAGGUGCUUGGAGGAGCAGGUCCAAAUGCAGGAGGUGGAGCCGUGGUGGAGGCGCUCCCCGUGGCUCUGGCGGUCAUCCGACCAAUUAUUGGCACCGGAACCUACAGCCGGGUUCAGCAGACACUUGAUGCCAGGGCAGCUUUUGUUGGACCUCCACCCACCACCUUUGUUGCAGCAGCCCCUCCAGUCAGCACCCCCCCUCCUCCACUGAUGAGACCGGCCUUCGUUCCACACAUCCUGCAGCGGCCAGGUGCUCAGAGGAUCCAGGUCAUGCGCGCGCCUCCUGUGGCUCCUCCCAUGCCACGGCCUCCUCCACCCCCGCCCAUGAUGAUGCCGCCUCCCCUGCAGGCCCAAAGCCCCCCCAGUGUCUCCUCGCCAGUCCAGCACAUGACUGCUGCUCCUGUGGUGAGCGAGAUGAUGGCCAUGGUCCCGGCCCAGCCCACAAGACCGGGAGUCCCGCCUUCAAUCAAGUCGGCAGCGACCAUCUUCCAGGCUGCGCCCACGGUUUAUUCCGCCCCUCCCGUCACCGUCGGACCCCCCAAAAAUGAUGCCCUGGCUCAGCGGCAAGCCAGAAUGGAGGAGCUGGCUGCUCGUGUUGCCGAGCAACAGGCUGCAGUGAUGGCAGCAGGUCUGCUGGACAGGAGGGAGAGUGAGGACAACACUGCAGUCAUUGGACCCAGCAUGCCGGAGCGGGAAGUACGCAAAGAGCCAGUGGAGACUUCCAGCGAGGAGAAAAAGGUCAACAAGUCCAAGUCUGACAAGGUCAGGAAGUGCAUUCGGACGGCAGCAGGAAGCUCUUGGGAGGACCCUAGUCUGUUGGAGUGGGAGACAGAUGAUUUCCGUAUCUUUUGCGGGGAUCUUGGUAACGAGGUCAAUGACGACAUCCUGGCCAGAGCCUUCAGCAGGUAUCCAUCUUUCCUCAAAGCCAAGGUGGUGAGGGACAAGCGCACAGGAAAGACCAAAGGCUACGGCUUUGUCAGCUUCAAAGAUCCAAACGAUUACGUGCGAGCGAUGAGGGAGAUGAACGGCAAGUACGUGGGCAGCCGGCCCAUCAAGCUGAGGAAAAGCAUGUGGAGAGAUCGCAACAUGGAGGUUGUACGCAAGAAGCAGAGGGAGAAGAAGAAGCUGGGAUUGCGAUAGUCUCCCACACAUAAGUACUACUAAGUACUACAUGGAUCAACAUAGUCUCCCACACAUAAGUACUACUAAGUACUACAUGGAUCAACAUAGUCUCCCACACAUAAGUACUACUAAGUACUACAUGGAUCAACAUAGUCUCCCACACAUAAGUACUACUAAGUACUACAUGGAUCAACAUAGUCUCCCACACAUAAGUACUACUAAGUACUACAUGGAUCAACAUAGUCUCCCACACAUAAGUACUACUAUGUACUACAUGGAUCAACAUAGUCUCCCACACAUAAGUACUACUAAGUACUACUAAAUACCACAUGGAUCAACAUAGUCUCCCACACAUAAGUACCACAUGGAUCAACAUAGUCUCCCACACAUAAGUACCACAUGGAUCAACAUAGUCUCCCACACAGAAGUACUACAUGGAUCAACAUAGUCUCCCACACAUAAGUACUACAUGGAUCAACAUAGUCUCCCACACAUAAGUACUACAUGGAUCAACAUAGUCUCCCACACAUAAGUACUACAUGGAUCACAUAAGUACUACAUGGAUCAACAUAGUCUCCCACACAUAAGUACUACAUGGAUCAACAUAGUCUCCCACACAUAAGUACUACAUGGAUCACAUAAGUACUACAUGGAUCAACAUAGUCUCCCACACAUAAGUACUACAUGGAUCACAUAAGUACUACAUGGAUCAACAUAGUCUCCCACACAUAAGUACUACAUGGAUCACAUAAGUACUACAUGGAUCAACAUAGUCUCCCACACAUAAGUACUACAUGGAUCAACAUAGUCUCCCACACAUAAGUACUACAUGGAUCACAUAAGUACUACAUGGAUCAACAUAGUCUCCCACACAUAAGUACUACAUGGAUCACAUAAGUACUACAUGGAUCAACAUAGUCUCCCACACAUAAGUAUUACAUGGAUCACAUAUGUACUACAUGGAUCAACAUAGUCUCGCACACACAAGUACUACAUGGAUCAACACUUUUUCAAUAAACUGCAUUCUGCACUCUU